AUGGCGCCGCUGGCCUGUGGCGGCGCGUUCGCGCCACUGCGCGCGGGGCCGGCGAGGUGCGCGGGCCUUUGGUGCGUAGCUCGGGGGGUCAAGCCCGAGACGUGCACCACGCUGCGGGAGGCCGCGGAGAGGCAAGGGGGGAUCCCCAGAGUUAUCCUGAAACGAGGGAAAGCCAGGCUUUUUCACCUCGGGUCCCAUCUAGUCUUCAGUGGAGCUAUUGACAGGGUCGAGGGGGUGCGAAUGCCAACCCAUGGUGACACUGUGCUCCUGUACGAUGGCUCUAAAAUGCUCCUUGGCUGGGGUUUGUUCAAUCCCGACUCGAUGUAUCGAGUGAGGAUCAUGCAGCGCUGCCAGGAUGCUGAGCAGCAGCCCCAGUGCGCUUUGGACCUGUGGCAACUCCUUCAGACCCGAAUCGAGGAGGCGGUGACCCUGAGACGUGCUCUGGGUUUCCCAUCAGAGGAGACAAAUGCGUAUAGGCUGAUCAACAGCGAUGGGGACCACCUUUCAGGACUGGUGGUCGAUGUAUUGGGAGAUUUGCUGGUGGCAGCCCCUGGUGCCGCCUGGCUGCAGAUCAACAGGCAAACAGUUGUUAAUCUUCUGAUGGAGUGCACUGGGAUCAGGAACGUCAUUUGGAGGCCAACGGCUGGGAGCAUGGAACAGGAGGGCCUUCAUGAUGUCGAUGCAGAGAUUUUCUCGGAGGGCCGUGAGCUAGCCAGCGAACAGGUGGAGAUCAGGGAAGGGAGCAUCCCAUUCUUGGCCAGCCCAUUUGGACAGAAGACUGGGUUCUAUAUGGAUCAGAGGGACUCCCGAGCAGUGAUCAGGAGAUUAGCCAAGGGUCAGGAGGUGUUGGAUGUGUAUUGCUACAGCGGGGGUUUUGCUAUCAAUGCUGCACUGGGUGGAGCCAGGGGUGUUGUGGGGGUUGACUCAUCUGCCCCAGCAAUUGAACUUGCUGAGAAGAAUGCCACAUUGUCCGGGGUGUCAGACGCAUGCAGUUUUACCCAGGCUGAUGCCACGCAGUACUUGGAGCUGGCAAAGCAGGAGGGCAGGCUGUGGGACCUUGUGGUGUUGGAUCCUCCCAAACUGGCACCGAAUCGGCAAAGCCUGCAGCGUGCAAUCCCACACUACCGACGCAUCAACAGGGCUGCAAUCAGGGUGCUGCGGCGAGGGGGUUUGCUGAUGACGUGCACAUGCUCCGGCGCAAUGACUCAAAGCAACAAGUUCUUGGAUGUUGUGAAGCAGGCUGCAGAUGCAGAGGGGCGAAGGGUGACUGUGCUGAGAGUGGCUGGGGCCAGUGCUGACCAUUCAGUGAGCGCCAGCCACCCAGAAGCCAAUUAUUUGACAAACGUACUGUGCCGUGUUCUCUAA